AUGGCCUCCGUCGAGAUUCUGUGCAAGGCCGCCGCCGACGGCUCGUUGGACUCCGCCGCAUGGCCUGACACGCUGCAGUACAUUCUGACUCGCCUAGACGAGAUCAUCAACGAGUUCCCAAAACCGCCCAUCCAUGCCAACGCAGCAGAUGCAGCAGAUGCAGCAGAUGCACCAGACGCACCAGACGCACCAGACGCACCAGAUGCACCAGACGCACCAGACGCAGCGCCCAAGCAAGAGGCCACCGCAACCGACAAGGAAAACGCGCCGCCCGCAACCCCUCCACGACCACCACCCGUCCCCAUCUUCGAUGCGCCAGAGUCCAGCGUGAUCCCGCCAGCCACCACCACCUUCUACUCGUCGAUACGCAGGACCCUCGCCACCAACUUUGCAAAGCACCCUCCGCACACAAUCCAGCGUCUGGCUGAGCUAGUACUCGAGCCCAAGAGACGAUACAAGUACUUGUCGCCUUACCUCCGCGCCCUCGACCGCGUCGUAUCCGUCUCCUCGCCGCUCACCAUCUUUCCCCUGCCACAAGCCGUCUUACCUAGCGCUGGCGGCUUGCUCAACGGAACCACGUCCAUACCGAAUCCUCAGACAUCGACUCUCGGUUCGGAUGAGUCGCUCGGCGGCGCCCUGCUCACGCCCAUUCCGUGGCUGCACAGUCGAGGGCAGAACGAGUUGAUAUCGGAAAGCACGGAAAUCGUCGAUGGUCCAAACGGCGCCGGUCGCAUCGAGACCGUCACUGUCGGCAUGCUUAGCGGACAGGUUGCGCGACAGGAAACAGCCGCUUCAUCCGUCUCACAAAUCGCGUCCUCGCACCCUGAUGGUGAAACGCUGCCGUCUACCGGUCCCGUCACCCAAGGAGAGUUACUGCGGCAAGAGCAGCAAGCUGGCAUCGUCCUCAACAACCCUCACUCCAUGACCACGAGCCCCACACGGACAACGUUCGGCGAAAUCGAAGGCUGGGGCACCGUUGUUGAAACAGUCGAAGCGGAAGAAGAGGCCCCACAUGCCAGAGGGCCAGAGAUUAUUGGCAUGGAAGACACCGGCCCGCAGAAACAAGGCGCGUCACUUGACAUUGAGGGAGCCAUUGGUCGCCCGAGCUUGGAGCGCACGAGCAAGAGCCCGAGUCCGGCAGCAGCCACUGAUAGCCAAGCAAAGGACGAGAAGAUGCAGGACGCUGAAGAGAAAAACGAGGAUGACGAAGCGGCCGAGGAGCAGAUCAAGGGUGAGGUGGCUGGGCAAGGGAAAGAAAGUGAGGUCAAGGACGUAGAGAUGAAGUCAGAGAACUAG